AUGGUACUCACUGUAGGAGCAGACGACGAUCGCGCUUUCCAAGUGACGCUGUCGUUCGUAAACGAGUGGGAGCUCGAGGGCGAAGAGGACGUGGGCAACGCAGUGGUUGCGUUAAAGACGAGGGCUAUGUCGCCACGUGAAGGCACAGAGGCGAUGGGAUCCAGCGGCACUGAUUCGUGCGUACCCAUUGGGCUCACGACGGCAUGUGGGGCGUCGCAUGGCUACGCGCCAGCAAUGACGUGUGGGGGAGACGGAGCGCAUCGCGAAGAGAAAAAGAGGACACGACGACGGACGACAACAGAGAUGCAGGAGCUGAAGAAGCUGUUGCGGGACACGGGGAUCAGUCCGAACGUCCAGUGGCGAGACAGUCGACUCGAGCUUUCGUAUCUUCACGAGAGCGUCGAGAAGCUUCAGCUCGAGCUGCAGGUUCUGCAGAGUCGAUCGUGUCGACAAAAAGUAGCUGCGGGGUCGCCACGUGAACGUACAGGCGCUAUGAAGGCCGUGCAAGAGAUGCCGAGAGUGUGGGGUGACGUUUCGGCCCGACAGCACCGGCGACGCAAAGGGAGCGAGCGUGAAAACGCCCGUUUGAGACUGGCCGUGCAACAGCAGCAAGAGACGGCGCAGUGGAUGCAAAGCUUGGUGCAAAAGCGCGCGGGUCACUUGAUGAGCGAGUGCUCUUCUUUCAUGGACUUGAACGCCCCGAAGCAACCGUUCGGCCGCAUGCUAAGCUCUCCGUGCGAUGACGCAGGCAACUUUUCGCUUUUGUUUCGUCACCUUGAGACGGCACGUCGCGAGAUGGAUGCCGUGUUUGCUUCCAACGGUCUGGCGAACAUGGUGCUGACUCCGAGCGACGUACACCUUCGCGACGAUGUUAAGGGCAAAUACCUCGAAGCGUUCUCAAACAAGGUACUGCCCUUCGGGCUGCGCGCUGUGGCAGAAGCUACUUGGGACCACUUUAAGGGAGGGGAGAAACACUUGGGCAACGGCAAUAUCUACGAGAAGACAGCAAAGAGCCUUGAGGACCCGUACACGAUAAUGGAAGAGUUUACAAAAGAGAUGCACUCCAAGAACGCUCGAGCAGAUAUAAAGGCGCAACAGCUCGUUCGCCGCUACAUGGAGCCCGGUCGAGACAUUAUCAUCUGGGUGUCGGUGGCAAAGCCCGCCGAGAUUAAGCACAAGAUGCUGCGUGGUCUUACUUACCAUCUUCGGGGCUACGCCAUGACGAAGCGCUCGCCGGCAUCGACACCGGAACACGAGAUCUCGCAGUUGCAGUGUGUCUCGCUCAUCUCACUGGAACCAGAGGCUGAGGCCCUUCACGGCGCCGACACCGUGCGUGCUGUCACGAACUUUCUCAUCGUGACUGCAGCUCAAAAGAUGCAAGCCCAUCAAGACUGCAUCGAGAACGCCCUCGUGGACAAGCAACUGAGACGGCGAGGGAUCAUUACGUCCUCGUAA